CCCGCACGCGGCGGGCUGGAGUCUCGGACGUGACGUGAGCGGACGGUCGGUCCCUGACCCCCGCUCCCCCGCCUGUAUAAUGGGCCGCAAGCCGCCGCACUGAUUGAGCCGCUGCUGCAUUAGGAAGGGGCGGGGAGCGCUCCGCUGCCGAGCACUGAGCCGCCGCAGGAGGCGGCCGCGGCGAUGUUGGGGCCGCGCUGAGCGUGGGGUGCGAUGGCCGAGGAGCCGGCGCUGAGCCCGGAGUCGGUGCUGCGGUUCCUGGCGGCGCGGGGCGGGCGGGCGCGGAACGCGGAGCUGCUGGAGCAUUUCCGGGGCUGGCUGAGCCCCCCGGAGCCGGAGCGCCGCGCCCGGGCCCGCCAGCACUUCAAGGAGCUGGUCAACGCCGUGGCCACCGUGCGCCUGGAGCCCGGCUCCGGCGCCAAGUACGUGCAGCUGCGGCGGCGCUACCGGCCCGCGGGGACCCCGGCUGCGGACAAGCAGGACUCGCCGCCCGGUGACCAGCCCCUCGAACCCGGCGGCAGCGAGGCCGCCGCCCCCGUAGAUCCCCCAGCGGCGCCCGGGCCCGAGCCGCUGCCUGACAUCGCGGACACCGCCCCCGUAGAUCCCCCAGCGGCGCCGGAGCCGCUGCCUGACAUCGCGGACACCGCCCCCGUAGAUCCCCCAGCGGCGCCGGAGCCGCUGCCCAGCAUCGCGGUGACCUCUGAGGAGGCGGCGGAGUCGGUACAGCGGAGCCGGGACUCCUCGCCUUGCCCCGGGGGGCAGCCGGGGGAGAUCGCGCCAGCUGCCCCGGGGAAGCCGGGCCCCGAGGAUGGGGCGCUUCGGGGGAAGGGCCCCCCCAGCUGCCCGCAACAGCCGCCCCAGGCGGGGAACAGGAGCGACUUGCCCCGGCUGGGCCAGGUGCCCCCGGGCAGCGGCAGGAAGAGGAGCUCGCGGCGCAAUGUGGCCCGGGGGCUGCAGCCGGGGCACGGCGCGGAGGAGCCGCUUGCCCCUGCCCGGCUUGCCGAGGAGGAGGGGGCCGAGGCCGGUUCCGGCUCCCCCUGCUCCCCAGGCAGCUCCGGCGGGGGUGCCACCCCUAGGUCCAGCCGCAAGAACUUCCGCGAGUUGAUGAUGGGCAGCUCCCCCCAGCUGAAACGGAGUUUCUUCCCCGGGGCCCCCCGAGCCCGCGGGGGGGACUCGGACAGCGCCUCGCUGGCCUCCUCCUCUGCCGAGGAAGAGAGCGGCGGGGGGAGCUCGGUGGCGCUGGACCCCCUGGAGCACGCCUGGAUGCUAUCAGCCGCGGACGGCAGGUGGGAGAGCCUGGAGGGGCUGCUGAGCAGCGAGCCGGGGUUGCUCUCCAAGCGCGACUUCAUUACCGGCUUCACUUGCCUGCACUGGGCCGCCAAGCACGGGCGCCACGAGCUGCUCGCCAUGCUCGUCAAUUUCGCGCACAAGCAGCGGCUGCCCAUCAACAUCAACGCGCGCACCAGCGGCGGGUAUACGGCGCUGCACCUGGCGGCCAUGCACGGCCAUCUGGAAGUGGUCAAGCUGCUUGUGGGGGCCUACGACGCAGACGUGGAUGUUAGGGAUUACAGCGGGCGCAAGGCCUCCAACUACCUGAGCCAGAGCACCACGGAGGAGAUGCGGAGCCUGGUGGGGGCCCUGCAGGAGGAGGGCGAGGGCGCCGCGGGCAAUGGGAGCGGGCGCUGGAGACUCUCCAAGGUGCUCCCCUCCAACCUCAUUACCUACAAACUCUCCCACCACCACCAGGGGCAGGGUGAGGAGACUGAGUCCAGCGAAGGGGCAGCGGCCCUGGGCAAGGGCAAGGAGAUGAGUAGGAAAGCCUCAACUAGCGGCAGGAUGAAACCACGGCUCAACAAAAUCCGAUUCCGCACCCAGAUCAUCCACACCACCCCCUCUUUCCGAGGGGAGGCUGAGGAGGAGGAGCAGGAGGAGAAGCCACUGAGAACGUCCUUCAAACUCAGACCCAAAUCCAAUGUUUUCGGUUAAGCAGGGAAACAAGCAGUAUUUAAAUCAGGUGUGUGACAUGCUCCUGAACCUAUUGAGCAUGUAGUGCAGAAGAGAGGUGGUGUUUGCAGGCCUGUGUGAGUGACAAUCCCUCAUCCAGACUCAUGCAUUCUCCAGGAGAUAAAGCAAAAUGUCUUGUUUUAACUUCUGAGUUUCAUGAAGUGUAAAUAUCUGCAGGGCUCUUGGGAUUUAGCAGUUUCCAGGAAAUAGCUGCUUCAAGCCAAGCAAUGGGGGGCUCCCCAUACUUAAGAGCUGUUUCCUUAGGAGUACAGCCAGGGGCAGUGGGUCUGUAAAGAAGUGCUGGGUAUGUAAAAUCUGCAGGCCCCUUCUUUUUAGAAGCUAGGCAUCAGGGUCUGGUGUAUUUAUACUUGGUUUUAAAGUGAGUUGGAGGGGAGACAUGAGAGAAUCCAAAACUUUACAUUUCACUACUAGAUUAUCAACUGGUACUAUAUACUACUCUUCAUGGACAGCUAACUAUUUAAGUAGGAUUUCUUAAAUACAUUCAUGUAUUUUUUAAAGUCUCUCUCUUUCUAAUGGCAAUACCACAGGAUUAAAUAGAGCUAAGUACAAUAGGUGGCCGGUGUGUCGAAACUGCUCUGCUGACUGUCAGGAUGUCUGUCGACAUUUGGGCUCCGGUCCUCAAAGACUUAAGAUCAGUCUUAACUUUACCUGUUCAAAUCACAUAAUUCAAAUAUGGAAGUCAAUGGGAUGGGUUACAAAGGGUAUAGUUAGACUUGGUGUAAGUCUUUGCUGCUUAAUUGAGGUACUACUGAACUCUAAUAGAAUUGGAAUGCUAAUGCAGAAUAUAGUAGCAUGAAUGAAAGGUCUUUAAUUUUUAUACAUUGAAUAACUGCUAAUUAAGUUCUGUAUCAAAGCAAUUUUACUUUUAUAAUCACUGUGAACUCUCAAAUACUACGUCUAGUACCAUUUGAGUUAUUGAUCUUUGGUCUGUCGCCAACACUACACUAGA